AUGUCUACCUUCGGCACAGUCUUUCGGGUAACUACAUACGGCGAGAGCCACUGCAAAUCGGUGGGCUGCAUCGUCGAUGGUGUGCCACCAGGCUUGAACCUCUCUGAAGCCGACGUCCAAGUUCAACUUAGCAGACGUCGCCCUGGCCAGAGCAACCUCACAACCCCUCGUAAUGAACUCGAUUUGGUCCAGAUCCAGUCUGGAGUCGAGCAUGGUGUAACACUCGGUACUCCGAUCGGCCUUCUCGUCCAGAACAAGGAUCAACGACCUCACGACUAUUCCGAAACCGAUUUUUAUCCUCGCCCCAGUCACGCAGAUUGGACCUAUCUCCAGAAAUACGGCAUCAAAGCCAGUAGCGGAGGAGGUCGCAGCAGCGCACGGGAAACGAUCGGUGGCCGUGUUGCCGCUGGGGCCAUCGCCGAGAUAUACCUGAAACAGGCCUUCGGCGUCGAGAUCGUCGCGUUUGUCUCGUCCGUUGGGAAAAUCGCCAUCCCUUCCACUGAAUCUCCCAAGAUCAUCUCUGACAAGUCACCGUGUGAAGAUGAGGAUGAGAACGAGGAUGCUCUCACACCGGAGUUUAGGGAACUACUGAGGACGAUUACUCGUGAACGUGUCGAUGCUCACCCUAUACGCUGCCCUCACCCCGGAACCGCCGAGAAGAUGACGCAGCGCAUCCUCCGCGCAAAGAAUGCUAAUGACUCCAUUGGAGGAACCAUCACUUGUGUCAUCCGCAAUUGCCCUAGUGGGCUGGGAGAACCUGUCUUCAACAAGUUCGAAGCCGUACUUGGUCAUGCCAUGCUGUCAAUUCCUGCCACCAAGGCUUUCGAGAUUGGUUCCGGCUUCAAAGGGACUGAAGUCCUGGAAGGAGGGGGGUUGUCCACUUCUACCAACUGGAGCGGGGGUGUCCAAGGCGGCAUUACUAAUGGAGAAGAUAUUUACUUCAGGAUUGGGUUCAAGUCUCCCGCUACUAUUUCCCAGCCUCAGGCAACAGCACAGUAUGAUGGAACGCCUGGUUUCCUGGCUGCCCGUGGACGUCAUGACCCUUGUGUUGUUCCUCGUGCCGUCCCCAUCGUUGAAGCCAUGGCAGCGAUUGUCGUCCUCGACCAACUUUUAAUCCAAAACUCUCGCAAGGCUGCGGCUAGCCUGCUACCUCGGGUUACGACUCUCCCUCCAACUAUGGUCCUUUCAUCCUCAAAGCAGUAA